UGCCCUGGGUGACCUCCGCCGUGUCCGCGGUGCCGGUGCCCGGCGGAGCGGGGAGCGCCGGGGCGCUGCGCGGUGCCGCUCCCGGGCUGACUCCUUAAAGCCCGGCUUUUAGGGAGAGAAAGCUGGGGCUCGGUGUCCGGCAGCAGCAGCGGCGGCUGAGUUGUGUCAGAGGGAAAUGGAGAAGGGCCGGGGUGCGAGCUCCGGGCACGGCCGGGGGAUCUCGGCGGGUUUUGUCCCCGCUCUGCGCUGCCGUGGCUUUUGGAAUGCGGGUUGAGCCGGGGCUCGGUGGUGAUUUCUGCCCAUGCCAGGGAAAAGCAGGUUCCUCUGGCAGUGGAGCAGCCCGCCUGUCUGAUGCCGCACUGGAGGCGGGGAGCGCCGCUAUGGAGUGCGGGCAUGGAGGCCACGCUCUGCAUCCACACGUGCCUUUGGCUGAGCGCUGCCUGGAUCCCCCUGGCCUCGCCGGCCGGACCGGCCUGCGGUGGACAGCGCGCUCCGGACACUGAGAGCCGCCACGGGGAGCUGACGUGGGCGGUCAGCUUGGAUGCACCCGAGGAGGAGCUGGAGCAGCGGGCAGAGGAGCUGGCCCAGACUGCGGGGCUGGUGAACAUGGGCCGUGUCGGGGAGCUCAAGGGCCAUUACCUCUUUGCCUACCAGCCCGAUGGCCACGCGGCCACUGAACACGAAGCAAUAAGGAGGUCGGUGGACACUUUGUUUGCACAGCACGACAGCGUGCGGUGGCACUCGGAACAGAAGCUUCUGAAGCGCUCCAAGCGCAGCCUGCACUUUAACGAUCCCAAAUACCCCCAGCAGUGGCAUCUGAACAACCGCAAGAGCCCCGGGAAGGACAUCAACGUCACAGGCGUGUGGGAGCGGAACGUGACGGGGCGCGGGGUGACGGUGGUGGUGGUGGAUGACGGCGUGGAGCACACCAUCAAGGACAUCCAGCCAAACUACAGCCCAGAAGGCAGCUAUGACUUGAACUCCAACGACCCUGACCCCAUGCCUCACCCCGACGAGGAGAACGGGAACCACCACGGCACCCGCUGCGCCGGGGAGAUCGCGGCCGUGCCAAACAACAGCUUCUGCACGGUGGGAGUCGCCUACGGGAGCCGCAUCGCGGGCAUCCGAGUGCUGGACGGGCCCCUCACGGACAGCAUGGAGGCCAUCGCCUUCAACAAGCACUAUCAGAUCAAUGACAUCUACAGCUGCAGCUGGGGUCCCGAUGACGAUGGGAAGACUGUGGAUGGCCCCCAUCAACUGGGAAAGGCUGCCCUGCAGCACGGGGUGAUCGCCGGUCGCCGGGGCUUCGGGAGCAUCUUUGUGGUGGCCAGCGGCAACGGGGGCCAGCACAGUGACAACUGCAACUACGAUGGAUACGCCAACUCCAUCUACACUGUCACCAUAGGAGCCGUGGAUGAGACGGGCUCCAUGCCCUUCUAUGCCGAGGAAUGUGCCUCCAUGCUGGCCGUGACCUUCAGCGGCGGCGACAAGAUGAUGAGGAGCAUCGUGACAACAGACUGGGACCUGCAGAAGGGCACGGGCUGCACGGAGGGUCACACGGGGACGUCGGCUGCCGCUCCCCUGGCCGCGGGAAUGAUCGCGCUGAUGCUGCAGGUGCGGCCGUGCCUCACCUGGCGCGACGUGCAGCACGUCAUCGUCUUCACUGCCACCAAGUACGAGGACCGGCACGCCAAGUGGGACACGAACCAGGCGGGCUUCAGCCACAGCCACCAGCAUGGCUUCGGCCUGCUCAACGCCUGGAGGCUGGUGAACGCUGCCAAGAUCUGGGAGUCCGUGCCCUACCUGGCCUCGUACGUGAGCCCCGUGCUGAAGGAGGGCAGGAGCAUCCCUGUGCUGCCGCAGGAGCUGGAGGUGGCCUGGAACGUCACCCCUGCCGACCUGGAGCUGUCGGGGAUGAGGACCCUGGAGCACGUGGCGGUCACUGUGACCAUAACCCACCCUCGCCGUGGCAACCUGGAGAUCCGGCUCUUCUGCCCCAGCGGGAUGAUGUCCCUGAUCGGGACCACCCGGAGCAUGGACUCGGACCCCAAUGGCUUCUCCGACUGGACCUUCUCCACGGUGCGGUGCUGGGGCGAGGAGGCACAGGGCAGCUACAGGCUGCUCAUCAGGGACAUCGGAGAUGAGAGCCUGAGGCCCGGCACCUUGAGGCAGUGGCAGCUGACCCUGUACGGCUCCUCCUGGUCCCCAGCAGAGAUGAAGGAGCGGCAGAGGCUGCUGGAGGAGGCCAUGAGUGGGCAGUACCUGAGUGGUGACUUCUCCCUGCCCUGUCCCCCAGGGCUGGACAUCCCCGAGGAGCAGCGUUACACCAUCACAGCCAACACCCUCAAGACCCUCCUGCUCUUGGGAUGCUUUGCCGUGUUCUGGACUUUCUACUACAUGCUGGAGGUUUGCCUGACGAGGAACGAGGUUGGGCUGGACCUGGCGUGCUCCAGCCCCACCAGCUGCAGGUGGUACCAGCAGGGCAGCAAGCACCGAGCCCUGGAGAGCGGCCUGGAGAUGGAGUCGGUGCCGCUGUACCGGGAGAAGGACGUGGAGGAGGCUGAGAUGGAGUGUGAGCACCUGGAGCCUGCCCAGGAUGGGGAGGAGGGAUCCUGGACCCCCACCCACCCCAAACUUUCCAGCAAUGGCAGAGCUGUGAGCUUCCAUGAGCCAAGCCCCGCUGGAACGGGAUUCCUGGGCCGGGAGGCAUCGACUGAACUCCUGGGGGAGGACAGGGAGCAGCAGCCCUGCUGACUGGGGCUGGGGCUGGGCUGGGGCCCUCCCUUGGUACGACCUUCCUGGGCUCGGGCAGCACAGACUCGUUCCUGAGCCUCCAUGGAUCCACUGUGUCCUGCGGGAGGUGGUGCUGGAUGUGGCUCAGGAACAAGGACAGAGUGCCGGUACUGGAAAGGGAGCUUCCCUUCCCUCCUGGAAAACAGAGCAAGCCUUAAACCCUUUCCUGGUGGAGCCUGCCCUGCCGGACGCUCGGGGCUCCCCGUGGUGUGUGCAGUGCCAUUCCUGCGCUGCAGCAGGGCCAAGACAAAGUGUCACUUGGUCCCUGAUUUCUGCAGAGCCAGCCUGGAAAAUGAGACAAGGCCCCUGCAGCCGCCUCUGCAGGCAGGGACCCCGCAGCACUGGUGUUUUCCCGGGCUGGCAGCCGGCCCCUACCCACCAGUUAUCCCAGUUUAGAAGCAGGGAGUUACUUCACUCAUCUCCAAACAGCGCUUCUCCCUGCCCCCCGUGCUCUGAUCCUGCUGAUUCCUCCUCUCCUGUGGGCACAGAGCAGCUGUGGGGUGGGGGAGGCAGGGACCAGCCUGUCUGGGGGCAGCAUGGGGCUGUCCCUGUGCCACUGGGCACACUCUGGUAGGCCUGGUGUGGGCUGGGCAGGGGAGGUUCAGUUGCCCUGGCAGUGGCUCGUCUGAGCAGGGUUGGCUUGUUCACAUGGCUUUGGGUUCCGUGGUUUAUUUUUUUAACGCUGGGGUUUGUUUUUUAAUCAGCAAAGCCCUUUUGUGUAGCUUUCCAAAUAAAGCCUGAAAAACCCUCCUCUCCCCCAUCCAUCACUCU